UCGGUAUCAUUAAUAUCUACAGUCGGGAUAAACUGGCUUGUAACAAUGUAUCUUCUUUUUAUAGCAACUUCAACUAACUUCAAAUCAUGAAUGAUCUCUUUGUGUCAACUUACUUCUAUAAAAUUUACUUUUAGCUGUCAACAUAAAUUGCUAACAACGGGAUUUUAUUUUGGCAUAAAAAGUUCUUAAAGUCCCGACGGUAAAUGUUUUAAAAUUUUACUAAACAUUUUGCUCCAUUAUGUAAAGUUCGGCUAUUUAUAUCAGUUACAUCAAAAAACUUGAAAAUUUACUUCUAUUUUUUGUUUACGUAAGUUACUUGUUGUUGAAUGGAUUUUUUGGACUUCCUUAGUAAGGCAAGUCAUAUUUUUAUUGAGAGGAACAGAUACCAUUUUACAUUUAUGCCAUGUUUAUAAACGACUCUAUAGAUGUAGAAACAAAAGAAAAAAAGUCUCAUCGCAUACGGUCGUGGUACUUAUACGAACAAUACAAAUCUCUGGAGAGAAAUCAGUUAGACGCGGCCCAAAAGUUAAAGGAGAGAUCUUAUCAAGAUAAUAUCUUGCGUCAAGAAUUACGAGAGAGAAGAAGUAGGAGGAAGCUGUAUGACGGGUUUGACCUCUCUUGUGAGCGCGAAUGUCAUGUGCAAGGCAGCACGAGUGACGACGUCAAAGCAACGCUAAGCAGAAGUUCCGAAGAUUUCUUUGAAAGUUUUUGCGAGUUGCAAGAAGACAAAUCCAACAAGGACUCCGAACUUGACUCUUCUAUAGAAGAAACUUUUAGCCAAGAUGAUUCGCAGAUAGGUAAACGUUAUUUGGAUGCAUACAAAGACUUAGAAGAUAUAAAAGAUGAUCAGAGUUAUGAAGAAAGUAUCCAUAGCGUAGUAGAAAAUUACAAAUCCGACGAAGAUUUCUUGGCUGCAGACUUGCAAGAAAAGCUCAUGGUGGUCCAAAAGAAUAUUACGGCACAAUUGGAUCAACAGAAAGCCAAUAAUUUUGAGAAGUACGCUAAAACAUGUGAUGAUUAUAAAAUUUCAGAGGUUAAAAGUACAGAUUCUCUUGAAGAUCUUGAAUCACCAAAUAAGGCUAAAUGCCGACGUCACUCAGAAAGCAAUAUUAAUAUUCGGAAUUUCUGGUCUAAAUUAGUCUCAUUCGCCUACCAAGUUAUACAGCUCAAUCACGGUAACUGCUAUUAUGACUAUGGAUCGCAAUUUCUGACGGCUGUUUUGGCUUGCGAUGUUUUACGCCGAGGAGUCAAUUGCAUGUCCUUACGUUUCUCCAAUAAAGUAUGCUACUGAUGUAUCCGACAACGACGACUCCACAACUAGCUACAAGAGUAAAAAAAGAAAAAUAUUGCACAUAAAUAAAAAAAAUCAAAACAAGGCAAAACAGAUGCAACUACACAGCCCAUAUCGCAGAACAAAACAAACUCAUCACUCGGACGAGUAUUGGCGCAAAUUGUCAAAAUAUACGUUCGGCUACAAAACUAACAAGAGAUAUAGAGCGAGCGAACCGUGUCCCAGUAUUGAGAAAUUAUCAUCUUAUUACACACAGACGAGCGGUAAACCGUCCAGCAGCUUUUUAAGCCCCUCCUAUUCUAAGCAAAAUUCCAUUUCUGUUUGUCCAUGUUCCUGUCACGGGAAGAUUGCCAACCCAAUGUUGAAAAUCGGGCAAUACAUCGAUAGAUUACUUAAAGAUGUAGACGACUGUCAGCGAUUAUGAAAAUUGUUUAUGUUAUAUGUUUAAUAAAACCACAUCUAGAAA